AAAAUACCAGUGUGUUCAUAGUAAGACAGCAUGUUUCUAGUUGUAAGUAGAUUAUGUCAGUUUACCUGCUAGGAGAAUGCAGCACUGCACGUUCACCUCAGUUAUCGUGGACAUUUUCAUAUGAUCAGCAUUGUGAGUUGUGGACAAAGACUGUUUCAGUAUGGGUCAAAUUCAAAGCGAUGAAGAUAAAGAAGUGGAACUAUCAGACAUCCAGCCUCUUUAUACCAAAUUCAUGAGAGAGUGCCCAAGUGGAGCCCUGCAUCUUCAUGAAUUCCGCAAGAUCUUCGGAAUUCAGAGCACAUCAGAAGAUGAGGCUUUGUACAUAGAAACCCUCUUCAAAUCUUUUGACACAAACAGGGAUGAUGUUAUAGACUUUAUGGAAUUUGUAGCAGCCAUCCACCUGGUUCUGAGAGGCAAACUGGAGGACAGAUUGAAAUGGUCUUUUAAAGUUUACGACAAAGAUGACAAUGGAAAAUUGGACAGGCAAGAGGUCAAACGUGUUAUAAAGAUUAUUUGCCAACUUCAGAAAAACCACAUCAACAUGACACCCAAUGACAUUUGCGACAGGAUAUUUGAACAUUUGGAUGAAAACAAAGAUGGGCAAAUUUCCCUGUCAGAGUUCAUGGAAGGGGCGAAAAAAGAUGCCUCGAUUAUGGACCUCUUAAAACUGGACACUAAUGCACGUGGCUGGUUCAAGAAAAACUGGGCGAAAAAAACAUGAGUUUUCAUGAGUUCAAGGCCCAUGGACCUCUUACAAUCUUUCAAAUGUUGGCGGCUGCAAAUGGGAGAGACCCGGUAUGGAGGUCAGAAAAUAUUUGCCUUCUGUCACAAGUGACGUGUGUGCCUCACCAUUGAGCUCAUUGAUGUUCAACCAACUCACAUUUCCUUCUUCGUCUGGUGCUAAAGCUGAUAUAAGAGCAUGAAUCGUGUUUUUAGAGGGAACUAUAAUCAUGUUCUGCAGUAAAUGUUACUAUACAGUAUAACCCAUUUGUAUCCUUUGUAAUUAAGAAGCAUUUAUUUUUUUUAUUUCACAAUUAUGUUAUUAUUCAGGCAUAGGCAGUCCUGGUAAUAUUAUAUUACAUGAAUUAAUAUUAUUAUCAAAAUACAUUUUUUCUAUAUUAUACAUUAUUUAUUUGUCUUUACAGUGCAUCUGUAAUCUUACUGUUUAACCAAAGUUUAUGUAAAAACAAUCACUUAUAUUUAAUUUG